CUGUAUGACAUAGAUAGCAUUGUAGGUGAAAAACCCGCGAAUCGCAGAUCGUAUGCGCAGUCUUGUAGGCUUGCGGGUCUAGGUGAAGAUGGCGGCAGACCAAGAGCAAUUUCAACAAUUAUUGAGUAGCCUUCUCAGCACUGAUAAUAACAUCCGAACCCAAGCCGAGGAUGCAUACAACAACCUCCCCGUGGAAUCUAAGAUCACCCUCCUACUUGCUGCUAUUCGAAAUGGAGCGUUCACUGAGGAUGCACGCCAAAUGGCAGCAGUUUUAUUACGUCGCCUUUUCUCUGCUGAAUUUAAUGAAUUUUACCCAAAGCUUCCACCAGAGGCACAGCGUCAAUUGAAGGAGCAGGUCCUUGUAGCUGUUCAGCAGGAACAGAGUGAAGGUAUCCGGAAAAAAGUUUGUGAAGUUGCUGCAGAAGUAGCUCGCAGUUUAAUAGAUGAUGAUGGAAAUAAUCAAUGGCCUGAAUUUCUUCAAUUUCUGUUUGAAUGCGCUAACUCUCCUUUGCCUGUGCUUAAGGAAAGUGCAUUAAGAAUGUUUGCAUCUGUUCCUGGUGUUUUUGGAAAUCAACAGUCUCAAUAUUUGGAACUUAUUAAACAAAUGCUUCAACAGUCUCUCUUGGAAAACGUGGGAUAUGAGGUUCGGUUCCAGGCCGUAAGAGCUGUUUGUGCAUUUGUGAUGUUACAUGAAAAAGAGACUCCAAUCCAGAAACAUUUCAUUGAUCUUCUACCAGCAAUGGUGCGAGUGCUGAUGGAAAGCAUUGAGAAACAAGAAGAUGAUUCUCUUUUGAAAGCCGUCAUCGAUGUUAGUGAAGCAUGUCCAAAAUUUUUGCGAUCCCAUUUGGAUCCUAUUAUUGAUAUCUGCAUGAAGGUCUUGUCCAAUGAGGAUAUUUCUGACUCGUGGAGACAUCUUGCUUUGGAAGUGACAGUUACUCUGUCUGAAACGGCACCAGCGAUGCUGCGAAAAGUUGCUGGAAAACAUAUCCCAGUUCUUAUUCCUUUGGUGUUGAAGAUGAUGACUGAUUUGGAAGAUGAUGCUGAGUGGAGCAUUUCAGACGAGAUAAUAGAUGAAGAUAAUGAUAGCAAUACUGUUGUCGCAGAAUCAGCUUUAGACCGCUUGGCAUGUGGUCUUGGUGGAAAAACAAUGAUGCCUCAUAUAGAACAAAACAUACCAACUGUCGGUGAGGGUUGCCACAAGCAGAUGGAAGCCCUGCUACCACAGAUCAUGGAUGGUGUUCUGAGCUUUUUGCAAGAUCCACAUCCUAGGGUACGAUAUGCAGCAUGCAAUGCAAUUGGCCAAAUGUCUACUGACUUUGCUCCAGUGUUUGAAAAAAAAUUCCAUGACAAGGUUGUACCAGGACUGUUAAUGGUUUUAGACGAUAAUGCCAAUCCCCGUGUUCAAGCACAUGCAGGUGCUGCUUUAGUUAAUUUUAGUGAAGAUUGUCCCAAGAAUAUUUUGACUCAAUACCUUGAUGCAAUUAUGGGAAAAUUGGAAUCGAUUUUAAGUGCAAAAUUCAAAGAGUUGGUGGAAAAGGGCACAAAGUUGGUUCUUGAACAAGUGGUUACAACAAUUGCAUCUGUAGCAGAUACCUCAGAAGAGCAAUUUGUUACAUACUAUGAUAGACUGAUGCCAUGUCUUAAAUACAUUAUCCAAAAUGCUAACACAGAAGAGUUGAAAAUGCUUCGAGGGAAAGCAAUUGAAUGUGUUUCACUAAUCGGUCUUGCCGUUGGGGCUGAGAAGUUUAUGAGAGAUGCUAGUGAAGUGAUGGACAUGUUGCUCAAAACACAGACUGAUGGUGGAGAUUUGCCAGACGAUGAUCCACAAACUUCAUACCUUAUUUCUGCAUGGGCCAGAAUAUGCAAAAUUUUAGGAAAACAGUUUGAGCAAUAUCUUCCAUUGGUUAUGGGGCCAGUAAUGAAAGCAGCAUCAAUGAAACCUGAAGUUGCAUUACUAGACAAUGAUGAUAUGCAGGGUAUUGAAGGUGAUAUAGACUGGCAGUUUGUUUCCUUAGGGGAACAACAAAAUUUUGGUAUUAAAACCUCAGGUCUCGAAGACAAGGCUUCUGCUUGUGAGAUGUUGGUUUGCUAUGCUCGAGAAUUAAAGGAAGGUUUUGCUGAUUAUGCUGAGGAAGUUGUAAGACUCAUGGUUCCCAUGUUGAAAUUUUAUUUUCACGAUGGUGUACGCUCUGCUGCAGCAGAAAGUUUACCAUAUUUGUUGGAUUGUGCUCGAAUCAAAGGACCUACUUACUUGGAAGGCAUGUGGAAUUUUAUUUGUCCUGAGCUUCUUAAAGCUAUUGACACCGAACCUGAAAAUGAGGUUUUAGCUGAACAUAUGCACUCAAUGGCAAAGUGCAUUGAGACCCUAGGGAAUGGAUGUCUAAAUGAAGAAUGGAUGCAAGAACUGAUACGUAUUCUUGACAAAACAAUGAAGAAUCAUUUCAGUCGUGCCGCAGCUCGUCAUGAGAAGAGAAAGGAUGAAGAUUAUGAUGAGGUGGUGGAAGAACAGCUUGUUGAUGAGGACAACGAAGAUGUAUAUUUAUUUAGCAAAGUUGCCGACAUAAUUCACGCAUUGUUCGUUGCUUAUAAAUCAAAUUUUUACGUAUAUUUUGACCAAAUUGUUGGCCAUUUUGUAAAGUGUUUGGCACCUGAAAUGCCGUGGUCAGAUCAUCAGUGGGCUUUAUGCAUAUUUGAUGAUGCUAUUGAGUGUGGUGGUCCUGCUAGUGCUAAGUACCAAGAAUAUUUCCUGCAGCCAAUGCUCACUUACAUUACUGAUAAGUCUUCCGAAGUGAGGCAGGCUGCUGUCUAUGGGUGGGGAGUCCUAGGACAGUGUGGAGGAGAUGGAUUUGCUGCUGCCUGUGCAGAAGCAGUUCCUCGCCUUGUGGAAGUUAUAAAUGCUCCAGAAUCACGUUCCAUGGAAAAUAUCAAUCCUACGGAGAACGCAAUAUCUGCUGUGACCAAGAUUUUGAAAUACAAUAGUAGCGCCUUAAAUGUAGGAGAAAUUCUUCCACAUUGGUUGUCAUGGCUACCUGUGUGGGAAGAUGAAGAUGAAGCUCCACAUGUGUAUGGAUAUCUAUGUGAUCUAAUAGAGUCGAAUAAUCCUGUAGUGCUAGGUCCAAGUCAUUCCAAUCUGCCAAAAUUGAUUGCAAUUAUUGCAGAAGCGUUUGCUCGUGAUGCAAUUCCUCGAGAGAGUGAAGUGGCGAAACGUAUGGUGAACAUUGUACGUCAAAUUCAGGGUAAUGGUGAAGUAUUUCAAGCAUGUAUCAGCCAGCUUUCCAGUGAACAACAGCAAGCACUUCAUGAAGUAUUGAGCACCAAUUGACCUACAAUUCUGAGGAGGCUAUGUUUGUGAUUGAAAUGAAUAAUUCAGGUUGUUAAUGAUGGAAAUAUCUUCACAAGAAUUAUUGUUACAAAAUUUAAUAAAUUUUCCAAAACGUUGUAUAUUAUGACCUGCUCUUAUACUAAGAUGCAGUUGUGGUCAGACAAUUACAACAAGUUUACAAUUACACAAAGAAAUGGUAACAACUUGCUUAUUUUACUUAUUUCCGCUCUUUGUUGCUAAACAUCAAAGAGGAAUUUGUACUGAUAAUGACUGCAGGCCUUGUGUGUGCCUACUGUAUACUAAAGGGUGAAUUUCAAGUUCACUUUCACAGUCACAACUAAAGGGGAAGGAUCAGUUUUUUUUUUAUUUGUUCAUGUUUGCAUAGUGAAUUGACUUGCAUCUGAGCUACAUUUGCUAACACUGUUCUUCCUCUUUUCUUCCUUUUCUCCUCUGUAUUCUUCAUGAGUUUUGAGCUGUACGUUUUUUGAAGGGAAGUGUGUCAUUAAAAAAAGCAACAAAAAAAAAACUUCCUCCACCUGCUGGUACAAUUAAGUGUUAAAUUGAAACUGCAGAGCUAUUUUGAAUGCUCUUGGAAACAGCCUACUUCAAAUUUGCAGAGGUUUUACCCCACUUGUAUGUUAAUAUUAUAUUGCACUUCAGCAAAAUUAAUUUCAUUACAUUAUAAUUUAGUCUUUCGGAACACACAACCGGCUUCCCUUGCCAUGUUUUGAUAUGACAUUGAUAUAUCUAAGAGGUUUACCAGCACUGUAAUAUGCUCAGUUUUGGAAACUAUUCAAAUAAAAUUUCAAUGAAAAUAAAAUGCUUUACCACUGCUUUUCUUUGUAAUUUUCUGGUGAAUGCAAUAUACCACCUAAAAGAUUUAGGCUUGAAUCUUAUGAGCUGCCCUCCAGAUUUUUUCACCACAUUGUGCAGCAUAUUAAUUUGUGGGCAAAAGAUCUUUGAAUUACUCAUAUUAUGAAUAGUUUGUACUAUGUUUACAUUAUAAUUCCACUUACUGUGUUUAUUUGUUUCUUGUAUUUACAAGGAGCUUGCAUGAAAUAGUUUUUUUGUCUUUCAUAAUUGUCAUUAAGAAAACUAUUGAAUAUGUGGAAUUAACUUUAAAAAUUCAGAAACGAGUUUUUUUUUAUUGGUGUUGUAUGUGUGGCAUAAAUGCAUGUAGAUGUAUUUUUAUUCUCGUGGUUGCUCACCUAAGAUUCAGAUUUAUGCCCUCAUUGGAAGUCGCUGUGAAUAAAUUCACAAACUGUUUUGAAUUUAUUAUUUGUCUGCUUUCUUUGCAGUACUGUAAAUUGUUUUAAUAUGGAAUAUGUAGCACUUGUCAAAAUAAUUUUCAAUUUUCUUUGAGAUUGAAGAAUUUAAAAGUUGUUGUUUUGACGUAUAAAGGACUGUUUUGCACCUGUGAUUAAACACAGCAAUUUGUUGCAGAAUUUUGUGAUAGCUGUGAAAAGUAAUAUUCAUAUGUAUCGAUUUUAAAAUUUGGUGCAUUAAUUCUGCUUUAGGUGGUGUAUCAUUAGUUUUAUUUGCUGUGAACUGUGUUGAGUUAUGGAAAUUUUCGAAGAAUGAAAAAAAGGAAUUCUUAAUUCCAUGUUAUAAUUGAACUAAAAUUCAUAUGCUUUUAUUUAUUUCUCAGAAUCUAUGGUUUUUACCGAAUAUGAUUUGAGAACUAGUGACAACAUGAAAUUAGUUAAAUUAUAUUCAGUAAUAAAAGUGGCUGGUGUCAGAAGGAAGUUGAUAAAUAAAAAUAAGCAGUUGUCUUAUAGAUUUUAUAGAAAAGAUCUUUUAAAAAAAUGAGAAAUUGUCAGCUUAUUUUUUCAAAUUAAGGUGAUUUCAUCUAGUUAAAAGAAAUUCUGUGUAUUUUCUAAUUGUAUCUCAAAAAGGAAACUCGUUUGUGAAAUAGUUUAUAUAUUUCAAUCUAAAAUGCAUGUCUCAUUGACUGGAUCUUGCAAGUUAAUUUAUAAACUUCCAAGUUGAGAUAUUAGAUUUUUUUUACUCCAAAUAGGUUUGUUAUGUUUCUAUUUAAAGAACAUGAUCAUUUGGAAUCAUGAAAUUUAUCAGAAUGUUUUUAACCAAUGCUUUGAAAUUAGAACUGAAUUCGGGAAUAUGAAAUCCAAAGCAUUAAGAAAUUAAAAAUAUUGUGGGGAGAUUUAAUAAACAGGAUCUCAAUCAAUACAGAUGACAUGUGUUUUGUUAGAUGUAAAGCCAAGCUCUGUAUUUUUUAAAUGACAGCCAGGUAAAUAAUUCUGUAAUCACGAAAUGGUGUGCAUUAAACAGAAAACAUUGACAAGCAAGAAAAAAAGUAGAAGGAAGAGGGUCAAUUUUUUGCUUUAUAGUUAUAUUUUUAUGCUUUAAAAAAAAGCUGGCAUGCAGACCUUGUUCUUGGCCUAAAUAUAUGAAGUAUUUGUAAGAAUGAUAUAAUGAUUCAGUAUUUAGAAAAAUAGUUCAUUAAGUUAUAUAGGUUCGCGAAAAUUAACCUCGGUAAUGUCAGAAAAAUUUGAUUUUGACAUUUUAUUGCAGGUGAAGUUACUGAAUAAAAAUAUCUUCAAACCAAAUGCUCUUCACAUCCUAAUAGAAAGUCUGUGAUAAUGUCGUUGAAAACCCACCCCAAUUCUCAGAGCUAGUUCUGCUUGAGGUGCAGAUCUUCAAAAGCUGAUUGCUCACCUGAAUUCAUAUUUAUUGCUCUUAUUUGAAUUAAGCAAUUUGGAGCUGUUAAUAGUUUGUGCAGAAAUGUUAUAUUGCCCAUUAAAAUUGUGAUAAAAUAACUUGUUUUUGUGAAUGCAAAUGUGGGAAAUUUUCAAUUCUUUUUUUUGCAGUGUUGCAUGAAAGAUAUCUGUUGAUUUCCCAAAGAUUCUGUAUUAUAUUUAUUAAAUAUUAUUUUGAAACCAAUUGCUGUUAUCAAGAUAUGUGGACUUUAACUUUAUAAAUUUUAUUUGACAAUAUAACAGCUUUAAUAAUCAUUUUGCCUGUGGUAAAUUGAAAAAGCUGUCAAUGUAAUAAAAUUAUAAGCAAAUUUUGUAAAAGAAUAAAUUGUAUGGUUGUAGAUGCACAAUUUUUCUUAUAUUAUACUUCAUGAUAUUGUGAUUUGAAGAAAAAUAAUACGUCUACUUCUGAAUUGUUGUCAGUUAUUUUACACAUAAAACUAUAUCCAUGGCUUCAAUCUGAUCUAUUAACAUGUGUGUUUCCUCCCAGAUGUAUGUACAAUGAAUCUUAUGUAGGUAUUGUAAAUAUAGAAUAGGAAUCUGCACUUUAUGCUGUAUUAAAAGAUUCAUAAAAUUGCUCAUGACUGUGAAACAAAGGAAAUAUAUUUUUAUGUAUGGAAAAAUAAACUUUAUUAUUUUGUGUGCGUUGGAGCAAAUGUUAGAACACAUUCAUG